AUGGUGGUUCUACAUAGGUGGCUUAAGAGUGACUCUGGAGACGCUGCGGUGGUGGUGGAGGCAGCCUCUUUGGGGUCAUACGAGGCUCUGAGUGGGCUGCCCUUUCGGGGUCUUAAGGCGCCAUAUCACAGUACUGAAUCUAUGAGAGCCACGAUUAUGGCCUGGACCUCCACCGGCAAACACCUGGGCUCGACCCACCAGGAUUGGUCCCCCCACACCCCCCUGUGGAAGAAUCCUCUGCUCCCACACUUUCUGAACAUCCCUGAUUUUCAUGUAUGGCCUAGUAAAGGUAUUAGAACCUUGGGAGACAUUGUGUUAAAUAACGAAAUCAUGACAUUUGAGCAAUUGAAGGUUAAAUUCCGCAUCCCUAACACUUUCCUGUUCCGCUACCUGCAGUCUGUACUCCUCCCUCCACACUCUACUAUGCUGGAGGACUUUGCGGUGUGUCACAGUCAUGUGACCAGGUCCUGGGGUGGACGGGGCCAGCUGUGCUAUGUGUACACCAUACGCCAUGUGGGUGCCGAGGUCCCCAGCAAGCGCAGGCCGGCCCACACAUCUCCUCUGUCAUGUUGCCCGUCUCUGGACCCCUGGAGGAAACGCCUGCCAUCCCUGCCAGUCUCCCUGGGUAUGGAGUGCUCCGGCAUCGUUGAGGAGCUGGGAGAGGGGGUGACAGACAGACAGGUUGGAGAUAAGGUUAUGGUCCUCAACAGAUUUGGUUUAUGGCAAGAGCUGGUUACUGUUCAGACUAGCCACACAUUUAUCAUGCCAGACGGAAUGAGCUUUGAAGAAGGUGCAGCCUUGCUGGUAAACUAUGUAACUGCCUACAUGAUACUGUUUGACUUUGGCAAUCUGAGGCCAAAACAAAGCGUCCUUAUCCACAUGGCAGCAGGUGGUGUUGGUACUGCAGCAACACAGCUCUGUAAAACUGUGGAUGAUAUUACAAUAUUUGGGACCGCUUCUUCUUGCAAGCAUGAAGCACUUAAAGAACACGGUGUCACUCAUCCCAUUGACUACAGGACGAGUGAUUAUGUGGAUGAACUUCGGAAAAUCUCCCCUAAAGGUGUAGACAUAGUGAUGGAUCCCCUGGGAGGUUCUGACACUUGUAAAGCAUAUAACCUGCUGAAACCUAUGGGAAAACUGGUAAUUUAUGGAGCUGCCAACAUGUUGACUGGACAAAAGAAGAACCUUGCUGCCUUGGCAAAGACUUGGUGGAACCAGAUCAGCAUAAAUGCUAUGCAGCUUAUUCCAUCGAACAAAGCGGUGUGUGGCUUCCACCUGGGCCACUUGGAUAAUGAAACCGAGCUGCUCACCGAUGUUGUGGUUAAACUGCUUGACAUGUACAAGCAAGGGAAGAUCAAGCCCAAGAUUGACAGCGUAUAUCCUUUUGAGCAGGUUGGUGAUGCCAUGAGACAGAUGCAGGAGAAGAAAAAUGUUGGUAAAGUGAUCCUGGUCCCUGAAGUGCCAAAAGAAGAAGCAAAAAAGGAAGAGAAUUAGAGCUGCAGAAGCGAGCGCUGAGUCCUGCAGAUUGUGAAAACUGUCCUGUGUGUGUGUUUGGGGAAGAAUGUCUGAGCCCUGUUGUCAAAUGCUUAUAUACCUGCUCACUUGCCAGUAGGUGCUACAAGAGCAUUUGGGUGU